CCUGAGAGCAGAGGAAGAGAGAGAGAGAGAGACAUGGGUGCUCUGUGAUAGAGUGAGAGAGAGAGAACGAGUGUGGCUUCUUUCAUCCAGCAUUCCUCCACCAGGUUUAUAAAGCAGAGAGACGACGAUCAGCUCUGGAUCUCAGAGAGAACGUGGUGGAGAAAGGGUCUGCAGGCCACUGAAGAGUGUGUGUGAAGUGUUAUGUAUGAAAAACCAAUCAUGUUGAACCUCCAAAACACCUCCAACUGGACCAACCCCGACAACUGGUACCAUCAGACCAACACAAUAACCCCCCAGCACACAGCAGAUGGCUGCGUGGAGGACAUGAACCUGCGGAUGGUGGGAGGAGCGGACAGGGUGGUGCAGGGCGAGAGGGACGAGGCGGAGGAGUCGCAGCUCCACCUGCAGCUGAAGAGGAAGCUCCAGAGGAACCGCACCAGCUUUAGCCAAGAGCAGAUCGAUGCUCUGGAGAAAGAGUUUGAAAGAACACAUUACCCAGAUGUCUUUGCCAGAGAGAGACUGGCAGCUAAGAUUGACCUUCCUGAAGCUCGAAUCCAGGUGUGGUUCUCCAAUCGGAGAGCUAAGUGGAGGAGGGAGGAGAAGCUGAGGAACCAGAAGAGGUUAGGGGGCAGUACUUCCUGUUCCCAAACACACACACCACUGAGCACAUCCUUCAACUCACCUGUCUAUCACUCGCACCAUGGCAACGGCUCUGCCUCAAUACACACUCGCAGUGACUCCUCUCUCUCUGGUUACGGCUCUCUCUCUGUGUUCUCCAGCGUGCAGUCUCUGGGCCCUCAGUCUACCCCAUCGUACUCCAGCAUGAUGCCGCCCUCCCCUUCUGCUCCUCCUCCUCUAGCUCGUAAAUUUGACUCCGCCUCCUACUCCUCCCCACACCUUCCUCCACCUCCAACAGCCAGCACAAACACAGGUUUUCUCCCCGGAGUGUCAGUAGCGGGACCAGUAGCCGUGCAGGCCAGUGACCAGGACAUGGGUCAAGGUUUGGGUCAGUACUGGACCAGGCUGCAGUAAAAAAGGACAAGACACGAGAGAAGAAAAUACAACCAGCACAUCCAAACACCAAGCUGUCCAGUCUGAAAUGCCUCAGAACCGCUACAGCAGCAACCUCAACCCCAUAACGACCAAAACCACUGCCACUGCAUCCCUCCUUCAGCUGCCCAACACAACCCAACAUCCUUCCAACAACUUCUACUACUGCAGAGGAAUCAGGGAAGAAGUUCCUAGACAUAUUUUUCCAGAAAAUGGCCAGUCAAAACGAAUCGAAAAGCUAACUCAACAGCAGGAAGCUCUAAGUAUCAUCCUCACCAGCAUUGAGAAGGUAGUGAGCAAGAAAUAAAGAUCCAUAAUAACAACUAUGACAGAUUAGCACUGUGGAUUUUUAUCAAAUACUGUAUGUAAGCUAAGCUCACCGCUGAUAGCAAAAUUGCACACUCACCGAGCUCUGAUUUUGCCCACGAAUUGCUAAGAAUUUUGCCGGGAAAGUGAAGCAUCAUCCAGUUUUAACCAGUCAGUCAAGUAAGCCUCUAUAGACUUAAGUACAUAACCUGUAUUUAUACUGUAUACAUGUGCAACAGACAAUCAACAUGCCAACUCUGAUGUUAUCUACAUAUCUAUCUGCUCAGCCAAUGACAAACAAGCAUGGACAUCAAACAACCAAUUAUAGUGCAGCACAGACCUAAAACAACCUCUGAAAACUAAUUAUUCUUCAGCCAAUGACAAUCAAUAAGGGGCAUGGCACAGCCAGUGGCAACCAAAGCAACCAAAGGGACAACAUGAAAGCAGUUACUACAAUGCAGCACAAAUAUGAAGCAACCAAUGACAAUCAAGCAUGGAGAAGUCUUAGCCAUUGAUGAUGGACAAUGGACAUCAAGCAACCAGAUGAAUAUAAUAUACUCAUGUGGGGAUUUCACAUGGGUGGAACAUGGGCUAGUUGGUUUCCAAAUGGGCAUGGAUCUUGAGUGGGUUUGUACAUUUGUGGUUACUAGGACCCAUUUGGGCUUCCUAAUGGCCCCAUCGAUAUAGCUCACUUUAGUCUAAGUCUUAGUCUGGGUUCUUUUUAGGCCCCAUAUGGGCACCAAGUUCAUUUAACCCCUCCUGGUCUCAUCACUGACACUGAUAAGGCCUUUCAAUGACCUCCAGAUGUGUGGACAAUAUGGAACCCAUGGACAAAACCUCCUAAUGCCAAGUUGGUCUUCUCAUACAGACCCCACGUGGGCAUGUUAUCUGGGCAUUGACAGCCAGUCCUAUACAAGCAAAAAGAAGCAAACACUCAAGGUUCAAGCCAGUCGUGUCAAACCAAAUGAAAGCAUUUAUAGCUAGUACCCAAGAAUUAAAGUUCACUAGGCCAGCAGCAUUAGCCAAACCACUUUUGAAUACUUACUUACAUCACAUACUUACUUAUUUAUAUAUUUAAUGUUUAUUUAGAUGCUAAUAUCCAAAACAUACAGGCACUGCAUCAUAGAAUGAUUCAAACAUAUACAUUCCAGCAAGACCCCUAACCCAAUCAUUAUUAUUAUUAUCAUGUGUUUUAUAUAUAUUUUUAGGAAGAUAUACUAUAUAGACAAAAUAUUGGGUCACUUACACAUUACACCUACAGGAGAUCUUUUGACAUCCUGUGGGCAUUAAUAUGUAGUCGCUUCCCCCAUUUCUCUAACAGCAGUUUGUGACGUCAAUUGCAGGGGUUGGCAACUACAUUUGGCCACGGGCCAGAUAUUUUACAAGCCAUUACGUGGCGGGCCACAAAAAAAAAAUCUGUUUUGGAAAAUGAAGUGUAAUGGGAUGGGGCGCUACAGACUAGUAGCUCUCCAACUCAGAGGGUUGUUGAACCCUCGUUGAAGCAGGUAAACCCAAGAAGAAAGGAAAAAAAACCCACACUGCUCCUCACGCGGGAUCGCUAGUGAAUUGGGACACGGCUGGGAAAAAAACGCCCUUAUAAGGAGAUAGAGAGCCUAAGAACGGGCAGAAAAACGAGAAUGGAAGGAAACUAAAGUCACGCCAAGUGUGACAGAGGGAUAGGGAAGGGAUGUAAACAAAAGCCCCCAUUUUUUGUUCCAUAAAGACCAAUUAUGUGUAUGCAAAAUUUAUUAAGGCUUAUAGUUCUAUAGUUAUAAAAGAUUAUGUUCUUUCUUUUACAAAAAUGGUACUUAAUGGCAUCAAAAUGGUUCUUUUAUGGAACUGCUUGAAGAACCCUAUGUAGGAGUUUUAUUUUUGAAGUAUAUUGGAUAAAGAAUGGUGUUACAAACCAGCAUUUUUUGAGCCAAAAGUAAGAAACUUCAACUAAUCCCAAGUAUGAGGAUAUGUUGUUAGAGUGGAUCUAUAUGAUGAAUAUAUGAAUGGGAACUGAUCUAAAUGUCGGAUAAGCUAAGCUUUUUUAGAAAGCUAGAGGAAGUUACAGUUAACUGUGAUCCACCCAGCCUGUCUGUGUAUUUAAACAGUCUGGUAAUCAGCAGAGAAAUCAUUAAGGAGAUGGUAGAUGAGAGUUCAGGGUGGGGCAGUUUCCUGCCUCCAGGCUAUUAGGCACUAGAUUGCUUGGCACUGCUUUAACUUGGAGUGAUUUGAUUAAACAUGAACUAAAGAGAUAAAUGUGUUAAACUGAGUUAAACUGGUUAAAAUGUGUGCACAUGAAUACCACAUAUAUAACAAAUACACUGUAUGUCCAAAUAUUUGGGGACACUCUUUUUAAUGAAUGCAUUCAGCUUAGUUUGAGUUGAAUACAAAUGCACACGCACAACUUGUGUAGUUCCUGUAAAGAAAGAAGUAUUGCCAGUAGAAUAAGACUUUCUGGAGCAGAUAAACAUUAACCUACUGGCACUAUGCAUUAUGCUAAAGCUAUGGAUCAGGUGGAGUGCAAUCAAAUCCUCAUACUAAUGCCCCAAAAAUUUAGUAAAAGCUUUUACUGGACAAUAAAGGCAGUUACUCCAACAAAAGCAAAUAAAUAUCUAAACGUUUGUAAUACCCUUGAUCUCAGAAGAAAAUAGAAUGCCUCUGUGUCCCAAUACUUUUGUCCAUAUACUGUAUCUGUAUGACUGUUACACUAAAAACGUAACUCAUUUUGUUUUUAAAGACUAUUUGGGAAAGCGUCAUCAUGAAUAGAUUAAAAGAUUAUCCAAAAACAUUGGUGUAGAUUAAGAAUAGGUCUGAUGUUUAUAAAUAAUCACUUCAUGUGCAAAUGAUGUGAAUACUUCAAUGAAGUAAAUGCAGUAUAUUUAAUGUAAGGGUAAGUGCAGCUGCUAACUAACUGGUCUGAAACGUUUGAAAACAGUGGGCUGGUUGAUCCGUGGUUGCUGAAAGUGCAUCAAAUCCCACUCAAUCAAGGUUGGACCCCAGGCUGGAUAAGGACAGAAAUUAAGGAACUGUGUGAAAAGCAGAACCAGAACAAUCAGACAAUCAGUGUAGUGUGGAUAGGGUUACCUUAUUGAUCAAUUAAUGUAAAAACUGAUAAAGCUCUCCAUUGUGAUUUUAGUUUUAUUCCUCUAUUUCACGACUUGACAGUUUCUUUUUGUUUCUGUAAAAAAUCAUGAUCACUUUAAAGUAUCUGUGUAUGUGUGAGUGUGAUACACUGUAAGAAAUGGUGCAUUUAAUGUACUUGAUCUAAUCUAAUAUGUACACCAAGCAAGGGAUGUGGUGGUCUGGGAUUUGCAUUGGGACAAACUUUAACUGGAUCAAUAUAACAAAGAAAUAUAACUCAUGGAUCAGCCAUAACAUUAAAACAACCUGCCUCAAUUUUGUGAAGGUCCAACUUGUGCCACCAAAACAGCUUUGACUGUUCCAGGAAUGGACUCCCUAGGAUCUCUAAAGGUCUACUGUGCUGUGUGGCACCAAUAUAUUCUAUUAGAAUUUGUGGGGUGGGGUUUCCACAAGAAGAUCCAUUACUGAGCCUUGGGUUUUCCAUUACUCUGUUGCUGGUUUACUGGUUGUCCUUCCUUGGAACAUUGUUGGCAGAUUCCAGACACUACCUACUAAAAACACCCACCAAGACCUACCUGAUGUUCUAAUGCUCCCGGUCAUCUAGCCUUCGCAAUUGGGCACUUGUCAAAGUAGUUUAGAUUCUUACGCUUGUCCGUUUCUCCUGAUUUCACCACAUAGUGGGCAUUGGAACUAUGGUGACAAUUAGAAUGUUUAAUGUUAUGGUUGUUAUACUCUGACGAUACCAAUACAAUUAUAAUAUCACUGUCUAUGCAGACACAAAACAUCAUCAACAACAUAUCUAUUAAAGUAAUACAGUAUAUAUGUUAACGAAAUUUGAAUGAUGUGCAUAUAGAAUUCAACAUGUCAAUUAAGUGCAUUCCUUCUUUCAGUGUAUGGUGUGUGUGUGUGUGAGCGUAUGUGUGUGUCUGGAUGCCGGGUGCGAAAUCAAGAGUAAGUGUGAGAGGGCAGCAUUGUUACUGUGUUUGUCAUUAGAACUGUGAAUAUUUUUAGUGUAAUCCCUUUUGUGAAUCUAUUAAAGACUGAAAUGCA